GCUGGUCCUUGCGUGCUUUGUGGGCCUUCCUGGGUGAAAAGCAGGGGCUCGUAAGAAUAUAAAUAUAUAUGACACCUGUUCCUCGGAGACCACAGAGAAAGCCAUUUUUCACCCUUUGCCAGAGGAUGACUUGCAACAAUUCAUUCUGCAGGUUCUUCUUCUCGAAAAGGGCAAAGAUCUCCUUAUCACUUGGGCCAUCUGCAUUCUCUCAGGGCAGCAGGAAACACCUGAGGCUAUCAAGGGCCCCCUCACUGAGGCUGUGCUCCAGGCAGGAGAAGGAACAGCAAGUAAAAUCUCAGCCUCUGAGCGCAACGCAUCAUGUGCUCCGUCCUUGCAAGAGUAUGAGGGCUGAGCCAAAAAGAAAGAAAAAAAGAAAGGAAGUUCCUAUAAAUUGCUCUUCGCAUAGCAUCAUUCUAAGCUCCCUUUCACUAGCUGUCAUUGUCUGGUUUCGUGGCAAGUUAGCAAAAGGCCAUGGACAGAGAUAAAAAGCUGAGAGCGGUCGUCGUUUUGAACUUGCCUCUCCUUUUCCAGCUCUGCAUGAGCCAGACUGUGACAGCUGAAUACGACUACAAUAGCAACUUCACGAUUGACUACGAUGCGUAUGCAGACAUCUGCAAGAAGGAUGAGAUCCGGCGAUUCCGUGCAGUUUUUUUACCCGUUGUAUAUUCCCUUGUGUGUUUUGUGGGGCUGGCAGGCAACUGCCUGGUCAUGGUGACGUACAUCUACUUCAAGAGGCUCAAGACGAUGACAGAUAUCUACCUUCUCAACCUCGCCAUAGCGGACAUCCUCUUCCUGCUGACUCUCCCCUUCUGGGCCUUCAGCGCAGCAAAGUAUUGGGUCUUUAAGGAGUUUGGUUGCAAAGCCAUCCAUUGCAUCUGCCAGAUGAGCUUCUUUAGCGGAAUGUUGCUGCUGCUCUCCAUCAGCAUCGACAGGUAUUUUGCCAUUGUCCAGGCCCCCUCAGCCCACCGCCUUCGGUCCCAGAGAGUUUUCGCCAGCAAGGUCACCUGCCUCUCCAUUUGGAUACUAGCUUUCGUCCUCUCCAUCCCUGAGCUGGUCCACAGGGGCAUCUAUGAGUCUGACCAACAGAAGCCACGCUGCAGCAUCCUAGCGUACAACUUGCUGGCCUUCAGCACCGGCAUCAGGAUUUGCCAGAUGCUCUUUGGCUUCCUGAUGCCUCUCCUAGUGAUGACGUUCUGCUACUGUGUCAUCAUCAGGACCUUGUUCCAAGCCCGUAGCUUCGAGAAGAACCGGGCAAUCAAGGUCCUCAUCGCCGUGAUGGUGGUCUUUGUCCUCUUCCAGCUGCCCUACAACGGCGUCGUACUAGCUGAGACCAUCUCGGCCUUCAACCACACCAAUGGCGAAUGCGAAGUCAUCAAGCGCAUGGAUGUGGCCAAUGAUGUGACGUACGGCCUGGCAUGCUUCCGCUGCUGCCUCAACCCCUUCCUGUAUGCCUUCAUAGGUGUCAAGUUCCGCAAUGACUUGCUCCGGCUCCUCAAGAACCUGGGCUGCAUUAGCCAAGCGCAGCUCUGGCAGUGGUCAACAUACCGGGAGAACACAAGGUGCUCCAUUGCCACGGAAACUGACACCACCACCACUUUCUACCCCUGAAAGGCCCCACGGACUGCCAGUCAACUUGGUGUCACAACAGCAGCCUUUUCCAUUGGUCAGCGUGAGAGAUUGACACUUGGAACCUUUGAAUCUCACCCAAUGGGUAUGUUUCCAAGUUGCCUGAAGGGACCAAUGGACCCCCC